ACCCCGAAUCACAUCCAAUCUCGAAUAGCCAUUUGCCCAGCAUGUGGAUUAUCAACUGGUUUUGGGACACUCUGGCGUCUUUAGGACUCUUGAACAAGCACGCAAAACUCCUGUUUCUUGGUCUCGACAAUGCCGGAAAGACGACACUGCUGCACAUGCUGAAGAACGACAGAGUUGCUAUCCUCCAACCUACUCUCCAUCCCACAUCCGAAGAGCUUGCUAUUGGCAAUGUUAAGUUCACAACUUUCGAUUUGGGUGGACAUCAACAGGCUCGUCGCCUCUGGAAGGACUACUUCCCAGAGGUCUCCGGAAUCGUCUUCCUAGUUGACGCGAAAGACCACGAGCGUCUGCCAGAGUCCAAAGCCGAGCUCGAUGCCCUUCUCUCGAUGGAAGAAUUGGCCAAAGUACCAUUCGUUGUCCUGGGUAACAAGAUCGAUCACCCAGACGCGGUCAGCGAGGAUGAGUUGAGACAUCAAUUGGGAUUAUAUCAAACUACAGGCAAGGGAAAGGUUCCACUUGAGGGCAUCAGGCCUAUUGAGGUCUUCAUGUGCUCAGUUGUUAUGAGACAGGGUUAUGGAGAGGCUAUCAGGUGGUUGUCACAAUAUGUCUAA